CACGCGCUACGUAGUGACGUCAGCCCCCUCGGCCCGAGGUAAACAAGGCUGAGAGGUGCUGUGGCUAGCGACUGUCGGAGGAGCUCGUAUUCACCGACUCGAAGAAAAUGGCAAAGAAAGCGGAGGCCUUUGGUGAUCUGCGGCUGUAAACACGCUAAACAAGUCUAUUCUCGCACUCCAUCCCUAGAUCAGUGUCUCUCUCCUCAGCCAUGUCGUCACGUGUGUUGCUGCGGCAGCAGCUGAUGCGAGAGCAGGCCCAGGAGCAGGAGAGGCGUGAGGCCCAGCAGCAGGCCUCUGCCUCUCAGCUCCGGGCAUCUGACUCCACUCCAGCCAUCUCUGUCACGCUUCCCCCAAAUUCUGCCCGUCCUCCACCAGCACAGGUUCCCGUGGAGGUGCUGAAGGUACAGACCCAUUUGGAGAACCCCACCAAGUACCACAUCCAGCAGGCGCAGAGGCAGCAGGUGAAGCAGUACCUUUCCACCACCCUGGGCAACAUCGCGGUUACUCAGACCCUGGGUGUGUCCCCCAUGCAACAGUCCAGUUCUGCACCUGAAGUUGCCCCUACCGCAAGCAGUGUCCCCAACAGUCCCAUGGCUCUGCUCAACAUUGGAUCCAACAAAGAGGAAAUUGAUGAUGUGAUCGACGACAUCAUUAGUCUUGAAUCCAGUUUUAAUGACGACAUCAUUACGUUGAUUGACUCAGGUCUUCAGUUGCCAAGCACGCUCCCAGGAAAUCUGUUGGAUGUAUACCAUAGCCCUGGAAUGGCAGCACCUACUCUCACGGUCAGCAACUCCUGCCCUGCUGAUCUUCCACAAAUUAAAAGGGAAAUUACUGAUGUCGAUGUCAAAGUGCUAAUGAAAGAAAGGCAGAAGAAAGACAACCAUAACCUCAUCGAGAGGAGGCGGAGAUUCAACAUCAAUGACCGUAUAAAGGAACUGGGUACUCUUAUACCCAAGUCAAGUGACCCUGAGAUGCGUUGGAAUAAAGGCACCAUCCUGAAAGCAUCUGUAGACUACAUCAGGAAGUUGCAGAAGGAGCAGCAGAGAGCUAAGGACGUGGACAUGCGACAGAAAAAGCUGGAGCAGGCCAACCACAGUCUGAUUUUACGCAUCCAGGAUCUGGAAAUGCAGGCGCGGCUCCACGGCCUCCCCAAUUCGAGCAGCCUCUCCUCUGGUCUGAGCUGCGAUCCCUGCCUGCUCCAGCAGCAGCCGCUCCCACAGGGCGGCCAGUCUCUGCCUCCCGGUGCAGGAGGAGCCUCCUCCCAGAGCCUCCUCAGUCUGGGAGCCAUUGGACAGCCUCUGCCCACCUCCUUCCUUUCCCCGCCCUCCUCGGACUCUCCGGCCGGCGUCACCAUCAGCAGCCCUCUGGACUUGGGCAGCCUUAGCUUCGCCGAGCUCGACGACGCCUCGGCCUCGGCGCUCUACCCUGACGUGGGCUUGGGGGACAUUCUUAUGGACGAUGGGUGCACCUUGUCUCCGGAGAGGGGGGCUGACCCACUCUUCUCCCCUCUGUCACCAGGUGCCUCGAAAAGCAGCAGGAGCAGCCUUGAAAUGGACGAGGACUUGUGAUGAGCCCUGUGUGAAGUCAGAGACUGUCUGUAGGGACGGGAAUGUCAGGAAGUCCAGUCUAUCCUUUAAUAAACGUGAGUCUGUUUCUAGGACUAUAGUUUUGAACUUAGCAAAGCAAAGCUAGCUUAGAUAAAAAUUACAUCGACAUUGCAUCAGGAAAACAUGAGUUCCUCUUGAUUUUUUUUGCCAUACAGACCGAAUUAUAAUUGUUGCAGUUUCGAGCAGGUCAGACUAUGUCUGGAUUUCUAAAUGCAAUCUUAUUAAAACUGAAUAUUGUAUAUAAUAAGGCAUGGACUUAGCAUUAAGAAAUAAUACAUUAUUAAAUAAUUUUUAAGAGUUUCUUCAGAGAUUUAACAGGGAUACAAAGUUUGCUUAAAUUUACGCAAUGAGCAUUUGUAGGGAGGAAAGCUGUGAGGUUUCUUUUUCAAAGCAAUGGCAUAACAAACUUAUUAAGAUAUGCCGACACACAAAUAGAUGUUUUAUUUCCUUUUUUACUUUAUUUUUUUUUUUCCAACUGACUGGAAUCAGGGUCUGCUAAUAGCCGUCGCACGCUCAUCUAUGUUGGGUUGUUUCACCAGCAGCUACAGAAGGGAUCUUUUAAAAAUUGGCACAUUGUGGAAUAUUUACUGCAUAUUGUAUAUAAGAAUAUUUUAUUUUCAGCAAUUUUUAUUGCACCUUAUUGUAUGACAGUCUAUGCAUUUUAUGAGAGCUUUUGUCUGUUUGUAUUACUUUUACACACACACACACACACGCACAUGUUGCAUGUAUCUGUAUCUGUAAUAAACAUGAAGAGCAGUGGUUAAUCACGUGCUGCUGCAGCUAGUUAGCCAAAGCAGGACUUCUUCCAGAGUAGCUACAAAUUACAAAUCAGCGUUUUAUUUUUUUGAAUAUAUCCACUCAGUCGGUGGAAAGGCGAGAUCGUAGGAGAAUGCAAAACAAUUUUAUCCUUUUACAAUUGUACUGUAGUUCAUAUGUUUUUUGAUACCUGGAUAAUAGUUUGAUAGAGUUUAGUUUCUCCUGACUAAUAUCUGUGUUGUCAGUAAUAGUGACCUUGGCGAUCACCGAGUGAUUUUAUCUAUUAGCAUGUUCAUCCGAAAUUGUGGCUUUUUCUUUUUCCUUUUCGACGAUCAAAAUUGAUAUAUCUAAUAAUGCAUUAUUGCUCACUGUAGUGUGAAGUCGGAGGGCCCUGUCCUUCUUUUAAACCAACCACUAGUUUCACCGCUGUAAUAACAAGGUAUACCUGUUCGUUGUGUAAAAAAACCUGCAAUGCAAUUAUUGUUCUAUAAAAUUGCCACAAAUUUUAGAAAGGCAUUUCAUUUGUCAGAUGCUCAACACAAAUUCAUGUACAGUCAAUGAGCGUGUUUGAGAAAGUAACUUCAUAUAUUGUUUUUUUUGAUUUUUGUAACACUGAUGUACUGUAUUCCUUUUCCAACACAACCUCCAUGUUAUUGGUACAGUUAAAUUUUAAACUAUUCUUUGAGCUGUGAUAAAAAUGGGAUUAUCCCCAAAAACAAGUGAUUUUAAUGAGUCUUCUCCUGUUCAUUCAGAACUUGGAGGUACUUUAUUUCUGAGUCUACUCCAUAGAUCUGUUGCGCUCGUUGUGUGUUUCUUAAGAUCAAGUACCUAUGCUCAGCUUUUUUCCUCUCAUACUUAAUCACUCUCCACAAUAUUAACCAUGUCUUCUCCUGGAUUAUAUUGAGUGCUAACAUUGACUGUUAACCAUAAACAUAACAUUUGUGACUUGUCCCUACAAGUUGGCUUUCAGAGGGUUUUAACAAAUAAACGAUUCCCAUUGC